CCGCGACGCUGGCCACGCCCUGGCCACGCCCUCUCUUUGCUCGAUCUGCUGCGAGCCCGGUUCUUCGCGGCCCGCCUCGCGCGUGGACGGGGCCAUCUCCGCGCGGCGGAUGGGCACCAUGAAGGAAUGGGUGUCCGACCAGCUCAUGAGCUUGCUCGGGUACUCGGAAAACUUUCUCACCGAUUACGUGACCAACCUCGCCUCGUCGGAAAAGUCGGCCGCGGCUCUCCUCGCCAAGCUGCACGCGGCCGAUCGCGACGAGUUCGCGGAGCGGCUGCGGCAGCGCGAUCUGGAGAAGACGCGCAAGCUGGGCGGCGACGCGCUCGCCGUGGUCGGCCGGCGCGAGGACGAGGCGCGGCUGCUCAAGGCCAACGACGAGGAGAAGGCGAGCGUGCUGGAGCAGCUGCGAAAGGUGUCGCGGCAAGUGUACCUGGAGAAGCGCGAGAAGCAGAAGCUGGAGGAGGCGCGCGACGACGUGCGCGACGAGGAGUACCUCUUCGGCGACGUCGAGCUGACCGCGCGCGAGAAGGAGGAGCGCGACCUCAAGAAGCGUCUUUACGACCUCGCUAACGAGCGCGUCAACAUCUCGGACAAGGUGGAGCGGUACACGAUGCCGUCCGCGUACGACGACCUCGAGGGCGGCGCGCGGCAGGACGAGCGCUUCGACGGGCUGCUCGCUCGCUACCAGGAGGAGGAGGGCGAGGAGAUGAAUGAGUUCCAGGCGUGGGACGCCACGCAGAUCAAGCGCUCGACGGCGCGGGUCGGAGCCGCUGAUCGGCGGGGCAAGGGCGCGCAGAUGGGCGAGACGGGAGGCAAGGAGUACGAGCUCGUGAUGGCGACCGAGGAGCAGAUCGACUUCAUCGCCGACGAGAUCAUCGCAGGCAAUCUCGGCGAGCCUGGCGCAGACGCGCCGAAGAAGCCCUACCAGUGCCUGAUCAUCGUCGGCGAGACAGGCUCCGGCAAGACGACGCAGGUGCCGCAGUACCUGAUGGAGGCGGGCUACUGCGAGGACGGCAAGAAGAUCGGCUGCACGCAGCCGCGCCGUGUGGCCGCCAUGUCCGUCGCCGCCCGCGUCGCCGAGGAGGUUGGCUGCAAGCUGGGCAACGAGGUUGGCUACUCGAUCCGGUUCGAGGACUGCACCUCGGAGCGGACCGCGCUCAAGUACAUGACGGACGGCAUGCUGCUGCGCGAGUUUCUCGGCGAGCCCGACCUCGCCUCCUACUCGGCGAUGAUCCUGGACGAGGCGCACGAGCGCACGCUCCACACCGACGUCCUCUUCGGCCUGCUCAAGGACAUCGCGCGCUUCCGGCCGGACAUCAAGCUGCUAGUCUCGUCGGCGACGCUCGACGCGGCAAAGUUCUCCGAGUACUUCGACGACGCGCCCGUCUUCAACAUCCCGGGCCGCCGCUACCCGGUCGACAUCCUCUACACGAAGGCGCCCGAGGCGGACUACCUCGAGGCGGCGGUCGUGACGGUGCUUCAGAUCCACAUCACGCAGGGGCCGGGCGACAUCCUCGUCUUCUUCACGGGGCAGGACGAGAUCGAGUCGGCGCAGGAGACGCUGCAGCACCGCACGCGCGGCUUCGGCACAAAGAUCGCCGAGCUCAUCGUCCUCCCCAUCUACGCCAACCUGCCGUCCGACAUGCAGGCAAAGAUCUUCGAGCCGACGCCGCCCGGCGCGCGCAAGGUGGUGCUCGCGACCAACAUCGCCGAGACGUCGAUCACCAUCGACAACAUCAUCUAUGUCAUCGACCCGGGCUUCAACAAGAUGAACUCGUACAACCCCCGCACCUCGAUGGAGUCGCUCAUCGUCACGCCGUGGGCCUACCUGAACGAGCUCGAGGACAACAUCAUCCCGGAGAUCCAGCGCACCAACCUCGGCUCGGUGGUGCUCAUGCUCAAGUCGCUCGGCAUCAACGACCUCAUCCACUUCGACUUUAUGGACCCGCCGCCCGCGGAGACGCUCAUCCGCGCGCUCGAGCAGCUCUACGCGCUCGGCGCGCUCAACGACCGCGGGGAGCUGACCAAGCUCGGGCGGCGGAUGGCCGAGUUCCCGAUGGACCCGCAGGCCUCGAAGACGCUGCUCUCCGCCGAGCCGUACGGCGUGGUGGCCGAGGUGCUCUCCAUCUGCGCGAUGCUGCAGAUCGGCGCCUCCAUCUUCUACCGGCCGAAGGAGCGCGCGAUGCACGCCGACAACGCGCGCAACAACUUCAACCGGCCGGGCGGCGACCACUUCACGCUGCUCAACGUGUGGAACCAGUGGGCCGAGACGCAGUACUCGACGCAGUGGUGCUUUGAGAACUUCAUCCAGGUGCGCUCGAUGCGCAAGGCGCGCGACAUCCGCGAGCAGGUCGAGGCGCUCUGCGAGCGGGUCGAGCUCGAGGUGACGUCCGACCCGCAGGCGACGGACGGGGUCGCGAAGGCGGUCACGGCGGGCUACUUUUACCACACGGCGCAGCUGCAAAAGACGCUCGACUACCGGACCGUCAAGCACCCGCAGACGGUCCACGUCCACCCGUCCUCGACGCUGCACGGCUCGCAGCCACGGUGGGUAGUCUACCACGAGCUCGUCUUCACCACCAAGGAGUUUAUGCGGCAGAUCAUCGAGAUCAAGCCCGACUGGCUCGUCGAGAUCGCGCCGCACUUUUACCAGCGGAAGGACAUCGAGGACGACGCGGGCAAAAAGAUGCCCAAAACCGCGGGCAAGGCGGCCGCGGCGGGCGGCAGGGGGAAGGCGUCGGAGCGCCUAGGCCCUGCGCGACGCGAUGAGGCUGCGACGAACCGGCCGGCUCCGACUUCUCGGCCACCGCCGCGGCUCGUCGGGCGCGCCGCGUUGGCCGACGGGGCCGCGAGGUGA